AUGAGAGAGGAGGAGCCCCCGAAGGAUGACCACCACGAGGGAGGGGUGGCUCCCAGCCAGGAGGAUCCGGGAAGACCUCUCUCCAACACCUGCCCCGUCGUGGUCGCCACGCCGGGGGUCAAGCGGCAGAUCGGGGAUCAGAUCGCUCUCCCCAACGGCGUGGUCAAGCCGAAGGACGGGCUUCAGACGGUUCCCAAAAAACCCAAACGGAGUCCCCAGCAUCGGCCCCCUUCCUCCGGCGGGUCGCUGUCCCCGGCCUCCAGCCACAGCCCCGGAGGCCUGUCGGCCCUGGAGGACCCCCACGCCCAGCGGGUCAUCGCCAACAUCCGGGAGCGCCAGCGCACGCAGUCCCUGAACGAGGCCUUCGCCUCCCUGCGCAAGAUCAUCCCCACGCUGCCCUCCGACAAGCUGAGCAAGAUCCAGACGCUGCGGCUGGCUUCCCGCUACAUCGACUUCCUCUACCAGGUCCUGCAGAGCGACGAGAUGGACAGCAAGCUGGCCGGGUGCAACUACCUGGCUCACGAGAGGCUGAGCUACGCCUUCUCCGUCUGGAGGAUGGAGGGAGCCUGGUCGGCCAUGUCCGCUGGCCAGUAG